CGCGGCCGAGGCUCAAAGGAAGGAGGUAAAGGGAAAGAGAUGCUCAGGUGGAUGCAGUAACCGGGAAGGUCUGGGCUGAGAAUGGCAGCAGAUGCAGACUCUGAGUGGCAGGGAUGAGGAGCCGCCGGCGCGUGUACUCUGCUGUCAUGCACCUCGUCCUGAAGUGCUUGCGGAUAGAUCAGCGGCGCCGGCUUUGGCUGAACCGGCAAGUUCGAGAGCUGUGGCUGUACGGGCAUCUCUGCGUGCGCUCUCUGGUCUACAAUUCCUUUGCUGAUAGUGACACUGCCCUUGAUGCUCUCUUCGAACCUAUCUAUUGGCUGGUGGAUCAUGUCACCCGAUGGUUUGGUGUGGUAUUUGUGGCUCUGGUGAUCACUCUCACCACCUCUGUAGUGUGCAUAGUGUACAUCUACCUCCUGCCACUCAUCCUGCAAACUUAUCCUGUUGCCUGGAUCUUUUGGCAUUUCAUCUAUGGCCACUGGAACCUCAUCAUGAUUGUCUUCCACUACUACAUGGCCAUCACUACUCAGCCUGGUUGUCCCCCACAGCACUCGACGAGCGAUGUUGUUGCUGUCUCCAUCUGCAAGAAAUGCAUUGCCCCAAAGCCUGCCCGGACACACCACUGCAGCAUCUGCAACAAGUGUAUAUUGAAGAUGGACCAUCACUGCCCAUGGCUGAACAACUGUGUUGGGCACUACAACCAUCGCUACUUCUUCUCCUUCAUGUUAUUCAUGACCAUGGGCUGCAUCUACAGCAGUGUCAGCGGUUGGGACAUGUUCUGGGAGGCCUAUGCUGCCAUUGAGAGAAUGAAACUACUUGACAAGGAGAGACUGCACAUGACUGCCAAUCAGACUUACUCUCAGACACCACCACCCACCUUCUCCUUUGGCCAGCGAGCUUUCCACAAGUGUAUAGUGUAUGCCUGGGUCCUCUGCAGUUCAGUAGCCUUGGCUCUAGGUGCCCUCAUGCUCUGGCAUUCUGUCCUCAUCACUCGUGGUGAGACGAGCAUUGAAAGACACAUCAACCGCAAAGAAAGAAAAAGACUCCAAAAGGGGAAGGUGUUUCGAAAUCCAUACAACUAUGGUCCACUGGGAAAUUGGAAGGUUUUCCUGGGUGUGGAGACACAAAGGCAUUGGGUCACUCGAUUCCUGCUACCCUCUACCCAUCCACCCUAUGGUAAUGGCCAGAGUUGGGACACCCCACCCUGUGUAGCUGAACAGAAAACCCCUCUACUGGCAAUCUGAGUUGGCUAAGGAGCAGAUUACACUACACCUACUGAUGAAAGAAUGAAGGCCACAGGUUGCUCUCAUUGAGAAGCUUAAGAAAGUUCAGUGCCUGAGCUGACGUAAUCCACUGUUGCUGGAUCAUCUGAAAUGUACUGCUUACUCAAACAACCUUUGAAGGAAAGUCAAGGAACCCCCAGCUGCAGGCGGCUGAGGUGAGACAGGGAUGUCUUGCUCACACCUAUUUUGUGUUUCCACAUAUAAUUCCAGCCUCUCUAGGACAAGGUGGUGUUAUGUCUAAUGGGGGAUAGCAUCUCUCCCCCACUGACACUCAUGAAGGCUGGCUAACAUGGCAGGGCCCAACUGCUCUCCCUCUAAGAAGGCAGGAUUCUUUUUUUUAAAAAUGUAGAAAUAAAAAUUGUUUUUAAUAUGUGCUGUUGGUUCCUCUAUGGGGAGAAAAGUGGUGGGUGGCGAUAAUACCAAGACAAAUUGUGGAUUCCUUCAGUGACAGUACAUAUUCAUAGAACAGAUUCACAAAAAUAGGUCCAGGCAGUGUUUAUAAUGAGAUCUCUCCAUCACACAAAAGUUAACCAGGAGGCAUCAGCUUCUGCCAAAUCCCUUUAUCUAGGCUGACCUCAAAUUACACUUCUUGCAGGUUCCUUUUGUAGGAGAGGUUCAUGUUAGCGAUGGGAGAAAGAACUGAUAGUGGAUACAGUAUCUAUAAUUCACAUGCCACCAGUGGUGGUUCAGUAGCACUGUGGGGGAUAUUACUGUACAAAACCCAUAAAAGUAGCACUAUUUCAUUACCACCAUGUAAAAUUUAGCUAUAGGGAAAUGUUUACAUAUUUCAAGGCAUUGGCUGUUUUUUUUAAUUUGAUU